AUGUCAAACUUAGAGCUACCAAGCCGAAGCUUACUUGCUGUCAUAACUGAGGCAAUUGCAUGCGUUUCAUUGAACAUCACAAGCAUCAUUGGAAACAGUCUGGUUUGUAUAGCAGCAUACAGAAACACAAACCUGCGAUCAACCACAAACCUGUAUAUCAUUGCUUUAGCGGUCAGCGAUCUACUGUGUGGAACAGUAAACAUGACGUUAGCUUCUGCAACGCUGAUCAUCGGAAGAUGGGACUUUGGCGACGCUUUAUGCCAAUUUCAAGGCUUUUUUGAUAUGUUCACCUCUCAGGUGACCCCAGCAACUCUUGGUCUGACAGCAAUUAACCGCUACGUGAAAAUUGUAAAGACAAGCCAUUACAAGAGGAUUUUUUCGCCCCGCAGAUCUAAGAUAUGGCUGAGUUGCUUGUGGCUUUCACUUGCACUUUACCUGUUGAUUGCCCGUGCCACAAAUUGGGUUAAAAUCGAUUUUAUUCAAAGCUGUGCAGUGUGCUCCUUUAAUUAUCCAACUAAUGAAAGUCAAAUCGUUCAUUAUUCCAUCACUGUCGGAUUACUUUUUGUUUUACCGUUGUGUGUCGGCAUUUUCACUUAUUAUAAGAUAUUUCUGAAAACCCAUGAGCAUCAACAGAAUGUAGUGUCAUCGCUACGGAACUGUACUGACAAUACUGCAGUAAGCAACACAGUGAAAGAAAUAAAGCUUACUCGAAUGUUGAUCCUUGUGGCAGCAGGAUUUUUGUGUUGCUGGAUACCAAUGUGGGCACUUGUCCUCUGGUUUCGCUUUUCCCCUGAAACCAGCUCAAGAACUACAGCAUUGCUUGCCAUGUUUUUCUUUUAUCUGAGUGCUGUAAUAAAUCCCAUCAUUUACGCCUUUACAAAUGGCGAGUUCCGCGGGGAGUUUCGCAAACUGCUCUGUUGCCGCCGUGAAAGGUCAAGAAUUGUGCCAAAGAAAGCUGCUGCGUUUACUAACAACGAUCUCGUCGAACGAGAGGAACAAGGAGCAAACUUUUAAGUCUAGUGAAUUUGCGUUAGUAAAACAUCCUCUUUUAAAAACAGGACGGAAAAGUUAUUCCAUUCCUUUUUAUCUUUUUUAUUACGGUUGCUUUUUGUCAUUGCUGUUUCUUGCUGUUGGUCGGUUUUGUUUUGUUUUCUACUAUGCUAUAGGGAAACCAGUUGGAUAAUUUAUAGACGCCUUAAAAAAGAGAAAGUGGUAAGAGAGAGAGAGACGGGGAGAGAGAGAGUAAUAUCGCAGAAGGCGCCUUUUUGAAAUUUCAAACAAACCUGAAUAAAAAGAUCAAAUUACUGGCCUCGACUUGAGUAGUUUCUUUUGAGGUGCUAAUUUAGUUAUUGUUUGCCAAAGAAAGCUUCUUAGAUGUGGAAAGCGGUGUUGCUCGCAUCAAUCAGACCCCGCUGUCUAAUAUUAUAAACUAUUUAUGGUGACUUCUCCUUGCCUAGUGCUGAACACGAGAAGACGACAUCAGUUCACUUCUAAAUUGUGGGAGGGUUGUGAGUAAGAACUGGAUAGGUUUUUCUAUGCGUGUGAUGAAAAUACAAUGAAUUGCAAUUUGAAUUUGGCAAGCACGAUGAUAAAAUCGUUCAGCAUAACCUUUUGCUUCUUCAGAAUUUUUCUAUCUAUAACGUCAAAGCUUUUUCAGAUCCAAGGGCUUGAUGGUUAAAUGGAAAAUAAAUUAAUUUUAUUCUACUUUCCGUUUGUUAACAGCCAGCUUCUAAAGCAGAAUAACUUUCUACUGAGUUUCUCUUUCUGAUGCCUGUGAUGUAAUCAGUAACUUAUUUUCUAUCCUCGAACAUAAUAUUUUUUUUCUAAAUUCAUAACAAAUUAGCGCAAAACGCUUUUAGUUGAUUAGAGGUGACGCUCAGUCGUUUAUGAAAAACUGCAAGAGGACCAGAAAAGCCCUUGUUCGCAAGAAAAAAAUUGAAAGUUCCGGUUCAAAGAGUGCAAUCACCUUUAGAGACAUUCCCCAAACUAUUUCUAUGAAUAAUUUUCCAUAUAGGCGCUUUCAUUUGCAAUCAUGAUUACAACAUAAUUAACAGCCGCCUACUAAGAACCUUGUAGGAUAUUUCGGAAUCAGUUUCCCAACAUAGCUUAUUAUUCGAAAGUCAUAUUUAAGCGGGUUUUUUUGUCGAUUUAACGAAGAUGAUUGUAAUGAAAAUCAUACUGGCGCAAAGUUAAGCUCUUUGGUUUUAUUUAGGUGUAAUUUUUAUUUAGUUUGGCUGUGGUGAUUAAAAAAGAAGAGUCACAUAUCUUUACAUCUUUUUUAUGGAAAUUUGAUCCAGCUUUUGCUAUAAAUUUCUCAGAGGUUCUUGCUCCGUUUGCGUUGAAAGUGUCAAAUGAUAUUGACGAAUGUAUUGGCUAAAGAACCGUGUAAAUGGUACCUAGUUUGAAUAGAUUGAUAUAAAGUUAAAGGUGGUUAAAGAGGAGGCUUUGGUUCCCUAGUUCCCCCUUGCCCUAUCAAACGACAAGAGUAUUAUCCGGAGAUCUGAGAAAAUUCGUGGGGCACUCCCCGGGGGUUGGCUACACCAGCUCGUGUUUGAUCCCUAACGAACCUCUUCGACCUACUGAGAGUAUCAUCGAGUAUCCAUCUCUACUCAUUUUUGCCAGGAUAUUUACAUAUAUACAACGGUAUAAUAAUUAAAGUUUUAAAAUAUUUCCACUUUUAUGUGCAGCAGUAUUUACAAUAAAUAAAAGAUGUAAUUGAAUGGUUUACAUGUACAAUUCCAUCUACACAGAGGGUUGCAGAGGUCAGGAUUUAUUUGGAGGCCUUCCUCCUUCUGAAAAAGGUUUUUAACUUUUUAAUAGUACCUGACCUCUCCUUUCUGGGCCAGGAUGUGUUUUAACACGUUAUCUUCCCGUAACAAAGCAAUACUUCUGGCCUCAGCGGUCGGCCACGGCCUACGUGACAAUCCUGUGGAAGCGCCUAGACUGGAGUCAUUUUCAAAGGGCAAGUCACCCUGUCUGGAAAAUUGGGAGCCCCGGGCACUGUUCGUCCGGAGGCGGACGAAGUCACUGAUCUCUUUAAUCAUGCUGAAGUCUACCACGUGGCGCCUAACGUGGAGAUCUGCCCUGCAGACGUUUCUGACCUCAUGGCGCGUCAUGAUCAGCAGCUGUUUUAACACAUGAUCUUCCCGAAACAAAUAGCAAUGCUUAAUAAUCCUCCUAUCAAGACGCACCCCUGCUGCCUGAAAAAUCUCCGUCAAGCGCUUCCUGAUGGUCCCAGACCUGAAACAUUGUCCAUCGUGUUUAACGAAUCAUUGGGCCUCUUCCUCCUAGGCAAAAAGAGACCUGAUAUUACUGGUGUAAAUUGACAUCCACCUGUGCAGCGUCUUAUCUGCCGGACCUUGGUGGCUCGUUGUCUUGUGAUGGUCGACAAACAACGUCCACGUCUUUGUGGCCCUACAGCAAACUGCCUGGUCGAAACGCUGCACAAGCGCGUUCUCCAGUGGCCCAGGUCGAGAUGCAGAUGUCUUUUCUGCAGAUGGUGUCCAUGUCCACUGCUUGGACAAACUAAAAUGUUCUGUAUAUUUCAAUUUUAUAGACAACGUUGACAAAUUGGCAAAAGUAAUCUAAUUACCCCAACUUUAAAUUGUUUCCUUAACGCUCAAACAACCAUUGGACUUAAUAAGAUCAAAAUCCAUUGCAUUCUGUUAGUGUGAGAGAGAUUCGUUGGAGGUGCAUUUUUCGAGCUAAUUUUAGCCUUAUACCCCAGUGAUUUGAUGUGGGGGCUCUAAUACUCCAAGGAUUAGACGGGAACCCGAACUACUUUGGAUUCUUGAAUAACUCAUUGACCCUCACAAACUGUGAAAGUUUGAAAGAAAUCAGUGAGAUGGCAUGUGUCACACCUGCCCGGUCCUCACGUGGACAGACUCUUAAUCCAUUAAUUCACUUAUAUGUUUACUUAUUAGUUGUUUUUGUUGGUUUUAUUUUGUGUAAUCAGUUGGUAAUAUGUCACACCUAGAGUUACCGAUACGAAGCUUUGCUGCUGUCAUAA